AUGUCUUCCAGCGUGUCAGAGAAGCCCGGCGAUCAAGGCGACACGUCCAAUCUCGACACCUCUUCCUUUGAACACAAGAGACUGGGUGCUUGGGAUAUUUACACCCAGCAAAAACCGUGGUCUUGGGCUUCGUUACCUACGUCUCCUCGGGGAUUCUUCACUGCUUUCUCCACUUAUCGGCAGGAUGCUCUAUACGUUGCGCAGACAUUACGCGACCUUUGGUCAAUAUCGAGCGGCCUCAUCGUGCUAUACUUCAUCACCCUCGUGCCCAAGAUGUUCCUUCCUUCCAUCAGUCUAUGGUAUUCCGGCUAG